AUGGAAAACCUCCGCGUGACCUUUGCAAGUGACGAUAUCCUCCCAUUCUACGUCAGUGGUGCCUCCGCGACGGCCUCCGUAGACGGGGUGACGCUCGCGACAGCCGUGCUUGAAGACGUCGUGAUCACGGAUCUCAGGGCGAACCAGACGGUCCACACGCUCGAGGGUGAUGGUGAACCAGUCACUGUGGUGCAGCUCACCCCAGAUGGUCACUACCUUGGAGUCGUAUCGCAGUCGCAGCAGUUGCGCGUGUUCGACUGUUGGACGCGUACGCUCACGCGCACGUUCAAGCUUUCCUCACCGGUGUACGUCGCGGCCGCAGAUCCCACGUCAACACUCUUUGCGUUCGGUGGGGCUGACGGUGCGGUCACCGUGUGGGAUAUUGAGAACGGAUACAUCACCCACUCGCUCAAGGGCCACGGGACAACCGUGUGCUCACUUGCGUUCCACGGUGAACUCAACAACGCACAGUGGAAGCUCGCGUCCGGUGACAUCAUGGGCCAGGUCCGUAUCUGGGACUUGGUUAAGCGAAAGUGUCUCCACACUAUCAACGAACACAACUCUGCCGUCAGAGGGCUCGCCUUCAGUGCCUCCGGUGAGACGUUCAUCUCCGGUGGUAGAGACCAGGUCUUGGUGAUGUAUGACGCCACCAAGAAGUACAAGGUGGCCAAGACGAUCCCGACCCGCCAGCAAGUGGAAAACGCUGGAUUUAUCACCGUGGGCGCGCACGAGUACAUGUACACUGGUGGAUCCGGCAAUGUGCUCACGUUGUGGGACGUGGCCACGGGUGAGGUGCGCGCGCGCUCUGCCGCGCCGCUCGAGACCAACGAAGAGUUGAUGAUUACAAACAUCUUGCCACUUGAGGAUGAGGGUGAGCACAGCUUGAUGUUGGUUAUUUCCGACCAAACGCUUGUGGAAUUAGACUUUUCCGCGGUGGAGGACGUCAUAGAAGACGGUGAUGAGGCCACUAUCCCUGUCAAAAGGCGCGUUGCGGGUAACCAUGGUACGAUUGCGGACAUCCGCUACGUUGGGCCGGAGUACGAUCUCUUUGCGAUGGCCACAAACUCACCAGCGUUGCGUAUUAUAGACCCAAAAACCCCGUACGAGGUGCAGUUGCUCGAGGGCCACACAGAUUUGCUCAACGCAAUCGAUGUUACCGUGGAUGGGCGCUGGAUCGCGACUGCUUCCAAGGACCACGACGCGCGGUUGUGGCGCUGGGACGACGCGCGCGGCGCAUUUUCGUGCGCCGCGGUGUUCCAGGGCCACGCAGACCCUGUGACUGCGCUCGCAUUGCCACGUACGCCGGUAGCGGGCUUCCCUGCAUUUCUCAUCACCGGGUCUGGUGAUCACACCAUCAAGAAGUGGAAAAUCACCAAGAGUGUGAUGACCGCUGAAACUCCAGAGAUUAUCGCCUCCUCUGAGUACACCAGAAGAGCUCAUGACAAGGACAUCAACGCGAUUGACAUUGCGCCAAACGACGAGUUCUUCUGUUCUGCAUCCUUUGACAAGACUGCAAAGGUCUGGGACCUCGAGUCUGGGACUACCGUGGGGAUUCUCACGGGCCACAAGCGUGGGUUGUGGGACGUCAAGUUCUGCCAGUACGACAAGCUCCUUGUGACUGCUUCUGGUGACAAGACUCUCAAGGUGUGGUCGUUGACGGACUUUUCCGUGGUCAAGACCUUGGAGGGCCACACCAACUCCGUCCAGCGGGUGUGCUUCUUCAACCAGAACAAGCAAAUCUUGUCGUCCGGAGCGGACGGCUUGGUCAAGAUCUGGGACUGCACAAGCGGCGAGUGUGCCAAGACGUUUGAUCACCAUGCAAACCGUAUCUGGGCGCUCGCAACGCGCGACGAUGGUGCGGCGUUUGUAUCCGCGGACGCGGACGGUGCCAUUGCAAUGUGGCGCGACAACACCGACGCGACCAUCGCGCAGGACCAACUCGACCGCAAGCAUAAGGUGGAGCAGGAACAAUCGUUGGCCAAUUUCAUCAAUAAGGGCGACUGGUCGAACGCGUUCUUGCUCGCGCUCACCUUGGACCACCCAAUGCGUUUGUACAACGUGUUGAAGGCGUCCAUCGCGAGCGGCGGUACCGGAGUCUUGGGGUCUGAACAGAUGGACGAGUGUGUUGCGGGCUUGAAUGCGGAUCAAUUAAUGGUGCUCUUUAAGCGUUUGCGCGACUGGAACACCAACUCCAAAUUGUUUGAGGUCUCGCAGAAGGUGAUCCAUCUUGUGUUGGCGAGAUUCGAGGCCAAUACGUUGAGCGAGAUUCCCGGCUUGGUCAAGUUGGUUGAGGCGAUCAUUCCGUACAGUGAGAGACACUAUACGCGAGUGGAUGAUUUGGUCGAAGAAAGUUACGUGUUGGACUACGCGUUGGCUGAGAUGAACCGAAUCUAG